AUGCAACAAACGGUAUUGCCGGGAUUUAUUUAUCCUCCAAUCUUCAUCUUCGUACCAGCUGCAGGCGAAGUCGCGCAAUUAUCGUUCAAUAGUAUUGACGAGCCCUUUCAUGGCUUCUCCAAUCUUCUCUUUCUGGGGUAUACCGCGCACGAAGGGCAACUAUCACCAGUUUAUUGGCCUCAAGAGCACAUCCAUCUCACAGAUGCAUCCCACGCCAUCAUGAAUCAUAUAGGCUACCUGGCUACUGGCAGUGAUAAACUAUAUGACAUCUAUGAGAUACGGGAGGGCGGAUCGACCUUUCUCAGGAAUAUCAGUAGUCUGUUUUGUAAGGGCAAUAUAACUAAAAGGGAGGCCUCUCCCAUCUGGGCACUCAAUAUGCUCCAGAAAAUCCAUAAUAUCCCAUUUCAUGAAGCCACUUUUCCAUUAGGGUUCUCGCCUCCCCCACCAUCCCCUUUCAUCGCGGUCGAGCCCCCUCCGCAGCUGCUCUGUCUAGCAGCAGUGACCUCGCUAUACCCGUCCCUGGAUCUCGAUUAUGAAUCUACAGGACGAGGCAUCACAGCAUCUAUAUAUGGUGCCACCACUGUCAAAGAAGAGGACAUCAUUAUCCCAAGCGCCCUUGAGGAUUAUCACUUCGCUGGUCAGGCGCCAUCUUUUCAUCUGAAGCUAUCCUGGACAAAUGAAUCUAGGGGGGAAGUCCUUGACUCAGCUCAAAAACAGUCGCUCAAAGUCUCGUUGGCAAAUUCAUCUUGGGCAAAGCCGUUGUAG